UCAUUUCAUUUCAUCAUAUUCCUUCACAAUCAAGCUUCCAUUCUUCUACUGUACCUACUAUAUAUAUCUUUUAUAGAUAUACAGAUAUGCACAACACAUACAUCUGUAAAGUGUGUAGUAAGCUGUCUUUCGGAUAAAUCAAUGAUUGUACAUCAUCAUUUUCACUUCUGUUAAGGAUUCUUGUUUCUUCGCUUACUCUACCUCUUAAUUUGCUGCUUUAUUAAUUAAGAUUUCUUCCAUUCUAUUGAUUUCAAUUCAAUUCAAUUCAUCACAACAACCAAUAAAUUUUCCCUUUUUCUUGAUGGGUAAUUGCUUGAAGAAGCCGAGGGAUUCGACGGCAGAGAUCGCGCCGGGCGACGUGAUCAGUCACCGAUCGCCGCCGGUCGAGCACCGGCCGGCCGGCGACGUGAUGAUGAAGAAGGACCAACCGGCUGUCAAACUCUACGGGACACCGUUCGGCAUUGACACAUACUACCUGCGAUUCGCGCUUCUGUACAAGCCCGUGGCUCUCAAGUUCGUGCCGUCCGACAGCCACGACACGGCGGCGAUUGAGUACGAGUCCGACGUCGUUUCCGGCUCCGUCGACAGCCUGGUGCGUUACUUGGACGACAAGUUUCCCGAGCCGCAGCUGCUGACUGGCGCCGGGGCGCGGCUCGGCGAAACGGCGACGCCGGUAGUGGUGCGGGUGGUGGCGCUGCAGCACCGGAGCAUGGUUUGGCACCUGGAGAGGAUGGCGAGGUGGGCGGAGGACCUGGCGGCGCGUCGAGGAAAGGCUAGGGGGGAUCCGGCGAUGGGUAGUCCGAGAAUGGAAUUGAAGAAAUUUGGAAGGAGCUACUCUCAGUUGCUGGAGGUGUUAUUAGAGCAUGCUCAAAUGGAAGAGAAAGUUGUGUUCCCAAUCUUGGAAAAAGCCGAUCGAGGAUUGUGCAGAGCUGCAAAUGAGAAGCAUGCAAGGGAUCUGCCUGUAAUGAAUGGCAUCAAAGAAGACAUUAAAUCCAUAGGAGUUUUGGAUUCAGGGAAACCUGUCUACCAAGAAGCCCUCUCCAAUCUCAAAACUCGCCUCAAAACCUUAAAGGAGCAUUCAAAGCAACACUUUGAAGAGGAAGAAAGGGAGUUACUGCCACUGAUGGAAGCAACAGAUCUGAGCAAACUGCAGGAAGUGAAGGCCUUGGAACAGUGCCUGGACACAAUGCAGGGAACUCACUCCCAUCUCUUCAGGUUCUUCAUGGAAGGCCUUCUCCCUCGCGACGCGAUGCAGUACAUGGACAUGAUCGCUAGGUGCAGCGACAACGAGAGAGUGUGCAGGCUGUUCCGGUUGGUCGUCGAGAAAGAGAACAGCUUAGGGUUGGCAAUCAGCAAUACAUUAAAAUAGACAGCAGAUAAUGAAAAGCUAAGAAUCAUGAGUUGGCUGGUGCUGAUGAGGAUGUUUUUUUUCCUUUGCUUUUAGAUGAAGUAAGUGAAUAUGAUAUGAUGGUUGCUUUACUUUACUCAAGCUAGGACCAUCAGUUUAUUAUAUGUAUAUUUUUAUGAUCACUUCUUUUGGUUGGUGAUGAUUGAUAGACAGAUAGAUGCAGAUCUGAGAACAAUAAGUUGAUCUGUAAAUGGAUAGGGUAGGAUAUAUAUAUGUUCUUGAUUAUAUAUACAUUUGUUGUGAUUUAUUGAUGUAAACAAUAUUGAUGUUUAAAGCAAGCUAAGGUGGAAAGUCAUAUA